AUGCUAGGGGGAAAAAUCUGCAGACAAUUGCUGGAGAUAUUACAUGAAAAUUCCUUUGCUGACUCAGAAUUACAUCUGAGUGUUUUGAGGAUAUUUGCCAAAUUACUGGUGGAAGUGGAGAUCAGAGAUCAGUUAAUUGUAGAUGACAGGAUCACAGAAAUAGCUGACAUCCUCUACAAGACCAUAAUCACAUUUCCUGACCACAAUAACCUUUUGAUGUCCUCGUUUACUGCCUUGAAACAUCUCCUAACUGAUGAUUACGAUCUACAAGAAAGUUUUAUUAAAGAAAGAUGGGAGAUGGCCUUGAAAUACUUAUCAACCUACGAAUCUAGUUCUGAUGUUACACAGGCAAUUUUGGCUCUUCUAGAUGUCAUCGCAGCUGACGAUCAGCAGAUGGAUUUCCUGGUUACUGAAAAUAUCCAGAAGUUGGUGAUGAGUCGGUGUUUAAGUAUGAAGAGCUCGGGAAGUGUGGUCGCUACCUGUUGCAGACUGCUUCGUCGGUUAUGUCUGUCUGAUGCAGUGAAGGAGUUUGUCUUGAUGGAGAAUUUCCUGGAGACCACUUUGAUCCCUAUUAUGUAUGACCACCGGUCAAACGCAGAUGUCCAGCAACAUGGUCUUGACAUUUUCUGUGUGUUGUUGAAAUACAACAUCUCCGAUGACGAUGGACAUGAUUCUUUCAAUCUUGGUCCUCUGUAUGAUUGGUGUGAACUUAUCAGCAUAGCUAUGUCUAAACACCUUGACAACACUGAUGUACAGAUUUGUGGAUGUCAUGCUUUAUCAGCUUUAAUUGAGUUAAAACCUGAAGCUUGUCAGUGGAUAGGUGAAGAUGUCGUUGACGGCCAGUCACAAUUGCCGAUUCAUACAAUAUGUCUGGGUGCCAUUAUGAUGUUUGGUGAUGAUCAUGAAGUGUUUGCAGCAGCCUGUGAUGCUAUUUAUUGGCUUGCUGCUGACAAUGAGACCCUGUGUACCCAGCUGAUGGAGAGAAAUUGUCACUUAGCUAUCAUUGAUGGCCUCAAUAAACAUCUAGAUAAACCGGUUGCCAUGGAGACGGGCUGCAAGGCUGUCCGAGGACUGUGUAUAUUUCAUGAACCCUACAAACAUGUUGUCAUUAGAGACGGAAUACAGGCAAUCAUCACCAAGGCAAUGAACAAGUUCCCGGGAAACCCAGAGAUACAGAUCGAGGUCAUCAGUAUGCUUGCCUGUCUAGGAGAUGUAGAUAUAGUAUGUUAUCAGUGCUUUGUUGACAAUGUCCAUUCUAAGAUUGUGACCAAUCUCGACAUGUAUAAAGACAACGGGAUUCUACAGGAAGCUUGUCUCGAGUGUCUCAGUGUUUUAGCGUCACGAGGUAAUAAUGUGGAGCUUCUACACGUGGCUGGCACAGUGACACGUGUGAUAGACGUUCUCACCAACUACACGGAAUCUAUGUACAUUCAGAGGAAGGGUUUGAUCCUGUUACAAGUUCUUGCUUCAGCAAAAAUCUACGAAGACAGAAAUCUGCAUGAUAAGUUGGCAGAAGUGAUCAGCACAGCCAUGCAUGUACACCGUAACGACCUUGGUGUAGUGAAAGAGGCCUGUGUAGCCAUACAGAUUCUAUCAGAAUGUGGAGGUCGUUGGAUGAGUGACAGCUUUAUCAAGCAAGGCUGCCAAGAAGUGCUCUUUCGUCUGCUUCAGGAACACAGUUCUGAUCCACAGGUACAUGAUUUGGCAAGUGAAUGUCUCUACGUCUUCGGACUACAACAGGACGUUCUACGCGCUAAGAUGUUGUUGUCUGCAUGUCAAACAGGAAACAUUCCUGCAGCAGAGUGUCUGAUAGAGCUUGGUGCAGAUGUCAACUUUGUACAGGAUAGCUGUACUCCAUUGUACAUCGCUGUGGAAAAACAGAAUGAGGAACUGGUUCAGCUCUUACUCAGACAGCACAUCACAGACAUCCAGAAUCCGCUGAAGAUAAGUCUGGAACAGUCGAGUCAUCAGAUCACAGGCAUGUUACUGGGGCACAUCAACAAAGACAGAGAAGGAAUGUUAAUGUCGUGGGCGGGGCAGGGCCUCAGUGAGCUCCACCCAGACUGGUUUGUAAUGGCUUUGUCUUCUCCAGCACGUAACAGCUUCACAGUUGGCUCUUCAUAUUUAUUGUAUCCCUGCUUUGUUACAGACAAUGGAAAGCUCAUUUUGACAAAGAUCAAGAAGAGCCAGCAAAAACAUAAGUUCCGUUCAGCUGAUAAUGACACAAGACUUGACGACAACAACAAAUACUUCCGAUACAAGAGAGACAGAAGACGUCACCAUAGUGACGGUUUCGUUAAAAAGAAACAUUUCCCACAAAGUGAUUCUGUGUAUCGUCAGACAUCUUAUGAAGGGAGGAAGUCAGUGCUAAGGAAUCAUAAGGAGGGAGCUGUACCUAUACCGUUUCCUAUCUCUGCUCAUAAACUUUCCCCCGUGUCAAGCCUCGAUGGUUCUAAAACCGAAAGUUUGGGGUUCCCCACCAGCAGUCGAGGGUUUCGAUCCCAAAGUUCAGGGGUCUUUGCCAAAAGUCCAGGGUCCCCAUCCAAAAGUUCAGGAUUCCCCACCAGCAGUCGAGGGUCCCCAUCCCAAAAUUCUGGAUUUCCUGUCAAAAGUCCGGGGUCCUCAUCCCAAAGUUCAGGGUUCCCCAUCAGCAGUCGAGGGUUCCGGUCCCAAAGUUCAGGGAUCCUUGCCAGAAGUCCAGGGUCCCCGUCCGAAAGUUCAGGGUUUCUCACCAACAGGCGAGGGUCCCCGUCCCAAAUAUCAGGAUUCCCUGUCAACAGUCCCAGGUCCCCGGCCUUUAGCCCUGUGUCCCCCACUUUCAUUUCUGGUCAUUCGUUCUCACAGAGACAGCGACCAAAUACACUGCCAGGCCUGCUUCACACCAAACAGGACAAUCACAGCCCUGUUGAAGAUCACCCUGUGUUUGAGUUAGGGCCCUCAACACCUGACGAUAUCUGUGUACCUGUAUUUGAGGCAAGUUGUAGCGAGGUUGACGAAUGGAAACAAAUGACUUUAACUGGAGCCAAUGUUCCAUACAGUCCAUCUGACCCUCGACUACGACAGACGAGUAGAGAGUCCUCAUUUGUGAAUUUGGGUUACACAGGUGAAUGGAAGCGUAAAAAAAAAAAUCUUUCUCCGUCUUCCUCUCGGUUUGAGAACUCGGAGCCAGUAAGGAACCUCAGUGGCCAACUGAGUCAACAUAGGCUAUCGGUUCCUGGUGUGAAGUUUGGUGGUGACCUGGAUUAUCUCCAUAGAAGACGUAACAGUGAAGGUCAUGUGCCAAGGUCACGACUCAGUAGUAUGGAUUCAUUGUCAUCAGACCAGGAAACACGAGUGUCCAGUUCUGACCAGGUCCUGUUAAUGCCGUCCUUGUUGGAUCUCUCCUGUAAUGCACUGACAUCUCUCCACUCUCUGGUGACUGUGGGUCCAGACGUGGCUGUCAGCUUUAGUGGUCUCAUCAAGUUGUUUGUAAAUGACAACAAGAUCACAAGUCUGCCAGACAAGCUGUUUGAGUACUUGCCCAAACUGGAAGUACUAGAUGUUGGAAGUAACUGCCUGACAGUUUUUCCCUCUCAGGCUCUGAAAUGUCCAUCGCUGAGUGUCCUUGACCUUUCACACAACAAAAUAGAGACAGUGAGUGGACUACAACGGAACACCAUCCUAAAGGAGCUAAAUAUAUCACAUAACAACCUGUGUGAAAUAUCUCCUACCCUCACAGCUCACCUACAGGGAUUGGAAAUCCUACUGUUGUCAAGUAACAACAUCAGUAAGCUACCAGACAGGCCACUCAAGAUGGCAAUGCUUCAGACCCUCAACCUGUCUGACAACCAUAUCACCUUCAUCCCAGAACAGUUCCUUUGUGGCUGUCAUCGCCUGGAGACCCUAGAACUCUCUAACAAUGGACUAGGGCAACUGCCCUCUGAAAACAUGGUAACAGAACUACCCAGACUAGCUAAACUAAAGCUAGCGAGGAACAUGUUAUUAGAAAAGGAGCCGUUUUACUUACCCAAAUUAAUUCUGGAACUCCCAAGUUUACGAUCAGUAGACCUGAGUAGUAAUGGUUUGGUCGGCAUCCCCGCACCUCUACACUGGAAGUCUACCAUGCUGAAGGAAAUUCUGUUGUGUGGUAACAGUAUCAGUAAGUUGAAUUUGGAUGGUGCGAAAGCUUGGUCCAAACUGGAGGCUUUGAACGUAUCCAACAACAAUAUAAGUGAGCUACCUAAGGAGAUUGGUCAGUUGACAUCUCUGACCUCACUGGACAUUAGUUACAAUAAGUCCUUGACUUCGCUUCCAGAUGAACUUGGCAGGUGCUCAAAGAUGUGGGAGAUGCCAUUGAAGGGAAUCGGUUUUUCCCUCGACAGGAUCCACCGUGGAAAAGUUAAGGAUCUCAUCGCAUUCCUUCACAACAAACUUAAAAGGGCCACGAGGUACUAUCGUAUGAAAUUGAUGGUGGUGGGGUAUGGUGGACGAGGAAAAUCUACACUGUUGCAAGCCUUAAUGAAACAGUACCGGAGCCAACAACAUGACACGCCCACUGAUGGGGUCAUUGUUCAGGACUGGAAAUUUGAAAGACAGAAAACUUUUGAGGAUUUCCAUGGUAAUGUUACAUACACAAUCAACACAUGGGACUUUGCUGGACAGGAGGACUUCUAUAGUACGCAUCAGUGCUACCUCACAGACAGAGCUGUUUAUCUGGUGGUGAUGGACUUAGAACGUGGCAUCGGUGAGAUCAACCUGCUCAGAUCGUGGCUGGCUAACAUCCAUGCCAGAGCACCAGGGUGUCCUGUGAUUGUAGUCGGUACUCACUCUGACUGUUUACCCGACGCCAAACGACAUCUCCUCCAGAAUCAAAUCAGGACCAGGCUUCGUGAUCUUGUAUUCAAACUUGGCUUUGCUGACAUCCAGGACUUUUUCACUAUCAACUGCAAAAAAGAGUCUCCUGAGAUGGAGAGACUUCGAGAAUUCAUCAAGGAGAAAAUUGACAGUUACAAGGUGAAGGGUCAGCCAGUGAUGGGACAGAAGGUUCCAGCUGAUUAUGUGAAACUGGCUGAAGUUCUGGAGGAAGAGGUUCGUGCUAAACAGAAAACCUACCCGGUCAUCACACACACCCAGCUUCUUAAGGUGGUUGAGAACCACAAGCUUGAUCUUGAGGAUGAAGAGUUGAAGCAGGCGGUGCGGUUUCUACACCGCAGUGGUGUGUUGCUGCACUACGAGGAUGCAGCACUGAAGCUGAAGGAUUUAUACUUUAUAGACCCGGGCUGGCUGUGUCGCAUGAUGGCUCAGGUUACGGUAUCUCAGAUCAACCAACAAGUCAGAAAUGGGAUUCUACGUAAACAAGAUAUGAAAGCAUUGUUAACAGGAAAGAAUGUUGAGGAAGAGCAGAGGCCUUCCUUUCCUAUCGAACUUUUUCCUCAGUACAUCAGGCUCCUGGAGAAGUUUGAAAUUGCACUGCAAUACUCUGAGGAAGAAGUGUUCAUUCCAUUCUAUCUGCCUGUAGAACAACCUGAUCUUCACAUACCACAGCUGAAAAUUAAUGAAAAGAUCAGUCGUCACUAUACAAUGCCACUUGUGCCACUGGGUCUGUGGUCACGCCUCAUCACUCGUCUGGUCGCAUUCUCCAACAGUGCCCUUACUCUGGCUUUGGUGGAGGAGAAGAAACCCCCAACAAUGAAGUACUGGCAGAAGGGUAUAUUUGGCUACUGGUCCAAUGAUGCUUUCUUUCUGUUGGAUUAUUACUUCCUAGAGGACGAGGAGAUACACCUGAUGGUGCCCAACACCUCAAAGGGAUCCACGUUGUUUGGGCUCCUAGUAGACCAUGUAUGUGCUCUGGUGGAGGAAUGGUAUCCUGGUCUGACCAGUCUGGAUCCAGUCCAGGGGAGAGAACUCCUGGUACAACAUGUACCCUGCACUGGAUGUACAAAUGUGGAUGCUCAGAAACACUUUCUAUUGGACGAUCUACUAGACCAGACCAAAAAUGGAUUGGAGAUCUUCUGUGAUGUUCAUAUGGGUUAUGUCCCUUUGUCCGAAUUGGCACCAGACAUCAUUCUGAAUGACUUAAAACCAGAGCUUCAGGUUGAUCACUCAGUUUUUGAAUUCUCUGAAAGUCCUUACGAUCUGCUGGGAGACGGAGGAUAUGGAGCUGUUUACAGAGGAACCUACAAAGGCCAGGUAAGGAAUAUUAUAGAAAUAUCUAUGUUGAAUAUUUACAUAUCACAACGACAGGAGGCAACUGUGCUGAGGUGUUUGAACCACCCAAGUAUAGUCUCCCUAUUAGGGGUCAGCUUUCAGCCACGUGUCAUAGUCCUGGAGCUGGCACCCAAAGGAUCACUGGGAAAUGUUCUUAAGUCUGGACGUCCACUGGAUCGCAUCAUGCAACAUCGAAUAGCUUUACAGGUAGCCGAGGGCCUAGCCUAUCUACACCACCUGAUGGUUCUGUACAGAGACAUGAAACCAGACAAUGUUCUCAUCUACAGUCUGGAUCUCAACGCUCCUAUAAAUGCGAAGGUGUCCGAUUAUGGAAUCGCACGAUUUGCCACACUGGAUGGACUGCUGGCCCAGGAAGGUACCCCUGCCUACAGAGCCCCAGAGGUCAUCCGUGGAGAACCCUACUCCUUCACAGCAGAUGUGUUUUCCUAUGGGAUCACACUAUAUGGUCUCCUCACUAGUGGACGACAUCCAUUUGAUGAAUUUGAGUUCAAAAGUGAGAUGGACAGAGCUAUAGCUGAGGGGGUAACCAUGCCUGUCAUUACACAGCGUGGGGCUAAUGCUUGGCUAGACAUGGAAAACCUACUGAACGGUUGUUUGAAUAGCUCACCCGACAAAAGACUGGAGUCCAAAGACAUAGUGAGAUGUCUUAAAAAUCCUGAUGUCCUCAGUGUCAGAUGUUUUACUCCUGUGUCAAAAUCAGCAUCUCUUGAGUGCUUCACAGUUCAGGAAAGUGAUAAGCAUUCCCCAGUCCUGUGGUUUACCAGUGGAUCUACGGAGCACGUUGAACUAUCCCAUGUUAACCUGUUGGAUCCAGCCCUCAAACAGCAGGGUACUUACUUUCCACAUGGACGUAUCCUAUGUCUGCAUUCAAUCUCAAACGGAUUCCUGUUGGUGGGCAGUCAGCAAUCUCAAAUCUGGCUGUACGAUACUUACUCAUCUAAAUUCCAACAUUCUUCCAGUGUCCUUCCAGACCACGUCCUCUGUAUAAAGCACUUGUCCGGUUCCACAGAUGAUCUGAUAUUUGCUGGUCUUGCCAAUGGGUUGCUUGCUGUGUUUCCUGUGUCAGAUAUCAUAGCUGAAAAAAACUUGGUUCCAAUGUGCAUGUGUCUUGGUGAAUCAAGUGAACCAGUCCGUUGUAUGGAAGUCCAAGCCCACAAACGUUUACUGUAUGCCUCAUGUGGCGCAAAGAUUGCGGUUAUUAGCACUCACAAAGGGAUAUCAGUACAGCUGACAUAUAACACCCUACCUCCAAGUGAAUGUCCAAGCCCUCCGGUCUACACCAUGGCUCUGGGAAUGUCCCUCCUCACAUCCCAUAAGGGAAAACCGCAUAUCCAGAUAUGGGAAGUGGGACGCCUUAGAGGAAGUGGCAACACGCCAAAACUUAGACACACCUUCAACAUUUCCACCAUGUUUGACUUGCCAGCCAAUCAGAGUCGAGUGACCUCCCUGACACUAGUGCAGGACAAUGGCAUGGCUUGGGUCGGCACAGGCGGAGGUCAUAUUGCACUUAUUGACCUCAAGUCAAAGACGGGUGUGGCCAUCACACAUAGAUACUCUGGUGCAAUUAGGAGUCUCAUUUAUCUCCGUCCAAAAGGAAAUUUCAAAUAUCCAGCGGUCCUCAGUGGUGGAAUGGGAUUCAAGGAUAGGCCUGGAGGUGAAGGGGUAAAAGAAUACAGUUGUUUGGCGGUUUGGGACUCUAAUUAUGAUCAAACAUUCCGGCUGUUCCUCAAAUACUUGGAGUUAAGACAAGAUAAGGAAAUAGAGCAAAUGAACUUGUUCAAUGUCACAUGUUCUGACUAG